AUACAAGUCUAUUAUGCUGCCCUCUACGUUUAUCGUUUGCGUACAAAUUUCGAAUGGUGUCGUUUCCGUGAAAACCAGCCCUCCAAGAAUCUACAACAAUGGCGCAUACGCCACAUUCGACGUAUCGAUCCUCUUCGCGACGCUCAUCGACUAAAAAGGCGAGGCAGGAUCGUACUGGCUUUCAUUUUGGAACUCCUGCCAUUCCAAGUUUAUUUGUAGACGAUGAGGUGGAUGAAGGGAGUCCGAUCCCGACAGUGAAUCAGAGACUUGGUCACCUCAGACCAUCCAGAGAACUACUGGAGUAUUACAGGAGAAAGAUAGCCGAGUUUGAUGGAGAGCAUCAAGAUAUGAUGACUAAACUGGAUAAAUACAAGACAACGUAUGAACAACAGCACAAAAUGCAGUGGGAGUUACGUCAGCGUGAAGAAGAGAUUGCUGAGCUGCAGAAGGCUCUUAGUGACAUGCAGGUCUAUCUCUUCCAGGAAAGAGAGCAGGUUCUCAGAUUGUAUGCAGAGAACGACAGAUUGAAAAUCAGAGAGCUAGAAGACAGAAAGAGGAUUCAGCAUCUGCUUGCACUGAAUGGCCCAGGUGAACCCGAAGUGACCUAUUUUCACAAGGAGCCACCUGCUAGGGCGGUUGUUAAACAACGCCAUCCAGCCAAGAGGUACCCGCAUUCUGAAGAUGAGAAGCUUGGUCUACGAUCUGCCAUGCCCCUUCAGAGCAGUUCAGCAGCUAAUGUGAGAGCAGCAGUGUCCAGACCAGCCUCUGCUAGACCUGCAAAGAAAAGCCUUGCCAGUAAGAAGAAGUCAGAUGAGAAUGCAAACAUGAAGGGAAAGCAAGAUGUUGAGGUACUACUGCUUCAAAUUGAAGCUUUACAGAGUCAGAUGGCGGAUCAAGCUAGAGUAUCCAAAGACCAGGUAGGUGCACUGAUAGAAGACAGAAGAGUGCGGAUGGAAGAGAUGCAGACAGUGAUAGAAAGAGAUCAAAGUAAAGUUCAAUCUCUUGAAGACAGACUCCACCAAACUCAGAAUCUCCUGUACGACAGCACGCGGGAUUACCUGCAGCUGAAGUACGAGAGCCGAGCGGAGGAGAAGGGAUGGAUGGGGGAGAAGGAUAAGUUCCUCCAGGAGCUCGACAGAUGCAGGGAGCAGCUCAAUGUAUCCAAGGAUGAUGUACUGCAUGUCUCUGAUCAUGCGCUGGAGCAGAGACACGCUCAGACGAUAGAGAUGGAGGCUAUAGAGAAUCAGCUUCAACAAGCCCAGAAGCUGAGUGAUAUGUACAGAGAACAAGUCAUCACGUUAGAAUCAGAGUUAGCGGCUAUCAGGGAGAAAGAGGAUGUUAGUAAAGUAGCUUUCAAGGGACGAACGGAGAAGCUUAGCAGACGGCUACAACUGAUGAAUCAGAGAUAUGAAGCGCUUGAGAAGAGACGUAACCUGGAGGUGGAAGGCUUCAAGAACGAUAUCAAGAUUCUCAGGAGUAGACUCAAAGAUGUGGAGAAACAGCUGUUCAAGGUGACCCUUGGAUUCGGUGAGGAUGGUGACAUGAGGAUGCUUCGUGACGUCCAUACGACAGCCAAGAAAUCAAAACAGAUGCAAGGAGAACUACACAGACUCAAAGCUGCAGUCUAUGGCAUGGAGAAUGAUAUAAGAAGACUUUGAGAACAAUACAGAACUGAAUGCAUGGGAGCAUUUUCUUAUUCUUAUAAAAUCCUUGAUAUUGGAAGUAAUGAUAGCUAGUGCCUUGACUGCUCUGAGAGAUAUGAAAACAUGGCGUGGAAAACGAUAUCAGAAGACUGUGAGAACGAUACAGAACCGAAAUGAAUGGGCGCAUCUUCUUAUUCUUACAAAAUCCUUGAUAUUGAAAGUAAUGAAGAGGUAGUGACUAGACUACUACGAGAGAGAUGAAAACAGGACUGCUGCAUGGACUCGGGGCCAAGAACUUUGAGGAGGCCAUGACGAGAAUUUCCCGUUCUUCCUAAUCAGGAGAUUAGUGAUAAUCUCUGGUGUUCAUAUACCUUUCUUUUUAUGCCUCCAUUACGAAGUAUCCGGAGGCAUUAUGUUUUUGAGUUGUCCGUACGUACAUUCGUACGUACGUCCCGUUCUCGUGAUCGCGUUAUCUCAAGAACCGACUGAUGGAUUCCUGCCAAACUUUGGUCAUG